GUGACGCACAAUUGGGAGGGAGGAAGAAAAGGAGGGAGCUGUUAGUGUGUGGUAUGUAUCUAAAAGAGAGCGUUUGAGAGGGAGAGGAGAAAGCAGAAGCAAGCUGGUCUGACCAGAAACAGAACUGCCUGUGACAGAUUAAGAGACAAGCAAGGCUUGGAAUCUGAGAGCAAGCAAAGAGAGUGGAAAUUUACAGCUGCCCUGUGCGAGUGUUCAAGUGAUCAUUUUCUGCUAACGUUUUCCCGGUGGUAACUGUUACUCUUCAAAGAGAGAGAAAAAGUCAAGACGGGAUUGUGGAAACUCCUCUCUGCAGCAGUUUGGUAACAGGAGGCACCGUCUGUUAAACGGAAGAUAAAACUACUUCAUGUAAAGUGCUUUGAGCCCAAGAGAGAGCUGUCUUCAGCACCUCACCAUGUGUCUACUUUUUGUUGCUUAAACAAGCCUGGACAUUUCUAUAACAUUCGCAUUCUGUAUCCGAAGAAGAGAUUUCUAUAGAUGAAAAAAAUGCCUUUGUUUAGCAAAUCACACAAAAAUCCAGCAGAAAUUGUGAAAGCUCUAAAAGACAACUUGGCCAUUUUGGAAAAGCAAGACAAAAAAACCGACAAGGCUUCAGAGGAAGUGUCGAAAUCACUGCAAGCAAUGAAGGAGAUUCUGUGUGGCACAAAUGACAAGGAGCCCCCCACAGAAGCUGUGGCCCAGCUUGCACAAGAGCUUUAUAAUAGUGGGCUGCUGGUGACCCUGAUUGCUGACCUUCAGCUCAUAGACUUCGAGGGAAAAAAAGAUGUGACCCAGAUAUUUAACAACAUCCUGAGAAGACAGAUAGGUACUCGGAGUCCUACUGUGGAGUACAUUAGUGCUCAUCCUCAUAUUCUGUUUAUGCUCCUCAAAGGAUAUGAAGCCCCACAGAUCGCCUUACGUUGUGGGAUUAUGCUGAGAGAAUGUAUUCGACACGAACCACUUGCCAAAAUCAUUCUCUUUUCUAAUCAGUUCCAAGACUUCUUUAAGUAUGUGGAGUUGUCAACAUUUGAUAUUGCUUCAGAUGCCUUUGCUACUUUUAAGGACUUACUAACCAGACAUAAAGUGUUGGUCGCAGACUUCUUAGAACAAAAUUAUGACACUAUUUUUGAAGACUAUGAGAAAUUGCUUCAGUCUGAGAAUUAUGUGACUAAGAGACAAUCUUUAAAGCUGCUAGGUGAACUGAUCCUGGACCGACACAACUUUGCCAUUAUGACAAAGUACAUCAGCAAGCCAGAGAACCUCAAACUGAUGAUGAACCUUCUUCGAGAUAAAAGUCCCAACAUCCAGUUUGAAGCUUUCCAUGUCUUUAAGGUGUUUGUGGCCAGUCCUCACAAAACACAGCCUAUUGUGGAGAUCCUACUGAAAAAUCAACCCAAACUCAUUGAGUUUCUGAGCAGCUUCCAAAAGGAAAGGACGGACGAUGAGCAGUUCAGCGAUGAGAAGAACUACCUGAUCAAGCAGAUCCGGGACUUGAAGAAAGCUGCCCCCUGACGGUCUCAGCCACCCUCCCGCCACAGUCACCGUCUCAUUUGUUCAGUUUGUACAGAAAGUGUCAUUUCAGAAAGUCAUUGUUCUUGGGAAGGCUUUGGAGGAGGUGCCUGGUUUUUCUCAAUUCAUUGUUCAGGGUAGAUGGAAUAUAAACAUUUGGAUGAAAAAUGAUUAACCUAGAAUAAUGUAUUCAUUUGAAUCAAGUCUGUGAUGAUUUAUGUGAAAUCAGAGCCACUGUACUAGACAUGGAUAAAAGCAGUUUUCAC